AUGGGGCACGUAGGGAAUUCUACUGACCAUACAACCCUUGAAUGGUUCGGCGCCACGACGUUUUGGCUUCGUACCAGGGACGUCACCAUCUUCUUGGACACCUGGCUGGACAAGCCGUCCGUCCUGCCUAAGUACCUUGCACAUGCUGACUACCUGGGAAGUCUGCCUGGAGCCGACCGCAUCGCCAUCAGAACCGGCGCUAUUGUAAUCGCCAACGGUAAAGCUAUCCACUAUCUUCGCAAAGCGGGUCAAGCACAACAGGAUCCAUCGCUACAGGCCAAAGGGCCCCCCGGCGCACCCAUCUUCCCAGUGCAUACGCUUGCUGCCCUUUCGAUGCAUGUAUGGCCAUCUCUGCAUUGUCUGAUGCCUGAAGACCACUUCCAGGUCAUCGAUACAGCAACGGUAUACACUGGUUCAGCAACCCCAUACACAUGUUCCCUAGACAUCACGUUUGGGAUGAAGCAUGGCCUAUUGCGUCUUGGUGAUCUUGUCCCACUCGUGAAGCUUCGCGAUGGCCAAUGCUCGUUCAUAGAGUACAUCGGUGACCGGGAACGUGAUGUAUUCUCACAUUGUGAUGGUGGCCGUUCUCUGAGUGCUCACCUUGGCGCUUACGAUGGUGUUAUGAGGGACAUGCAGCCCAAGCCAGAUGUCGCCAUCUUGGCCAUUGCUGGACGAGCCAACUUGAACGGACGACCAUUUAAUGGCUGA